AUGACAGAUACGGUACUCCCACCUCUGUCAUUCGACCGGUUGGAGACCGGUCUUGAUCAUCUGGAAAUUCCCCCAGAAGAUCAAGAAGAUGGUGAAGAACUCAUGUCGAAUUUUCCCAAUGGAUAUAGAAUUGCGAAAGCAAGGAAGAUGGUGGAGGAGAGAAAGAAGGAGGAUAGUAUCUGGAUCCGGAUCUAUGGGAUGGAUCGGAGUUUGAUAGAGGGUAUAACAGGAGUUUGUGGUCUUCCACCGAAAACACUAUUCCAUCAUCUCCUCUGCUCCCAACAUCGACAUCAUCGUCCUGAAUCAUUCAUUCACCCUACCUAUACAUCGAUGCAGUUUCCAGUAUUUGGUACCCUCACUUCGAUCAGGCAGGCGGUGAUGGACGCAAAAUUCGACAACGACGAUGACACAACCAUUCCUAAGAGACCGGAGGCUAGUAAAUUGGCUUUGGCAGAUACAGAAGUAGACGAGAUGAUCAAAAAGGGAUCUAUCAGUGUAUUCGUCAUUCCUUCACUGAAUGUAGUCAUAACUGUUACAGCUGAAAGCUAUAUGAAUCCAGCAACACGCAUGGCAGAUCUAUUACAUAGGUCUAUUGGACACGCUUCAAACACCGUACGAGAUAUCGCUGGGGUGCUGAAAGUCUGGGAUAACAACGCGAAGUAUCACUACUCUACUACAAGAACAGCAGAGAUACAUCGUCUGAUCAAUCACCUGAUCACAUGUCAAGAUGAAUUACAAGAUCUACAACCUGUUCACGAAAUGCUCUUGAAAUACUACAGAGAGAAGGAUGUCUCAGGACAAGUAUCGGAGGUCAUUCAUAUCGAUGUGGCUGCCCGGGCUGUUGUGAUGAUUGAACAAAGUCAAAAAGCACUGCACAGGGUUUUGAAUGAAUUACAGAGAUUGAUAGAGAGAGGGAUUCGCCUGGAGACCUUCUGUCUGAACAUGUUGUCGUCCCGAGCAAACGAUUCAAUGGAGAGAUUGGCGAUAGUGACAAUAGUCUUCCUUCCGUUGAUGGGUUUCACCGAUUUUACCGUCCUCAGCCAAACCCCUGUAUAUUUCUGGAAGAUUUCCGUCCCACUUUCGUUUGCGUUCUUCUUUUUAUUCGCAUAUUCCAAUCUCAAACGAUUUAUGAGAUUUACCUUCCACUUCUUGAUCAAGGGAUUUAGACGGGCGAGGUCUCAGAGGGUUUUUGAAAGUUUGAUGAAGUGGUGGUGGCAGGAAAAGAUCAAGAGGGAACUCGAAAGGGAACGAAAAACCUACCCGAGAUCUUUACGACAAUUUCGAGACUCACUGCCACCCGGACCGGUACAAUAUCUACCACCACCUGGAUCAUCACUUGGACAAAUACAGUACCCACCACCACCUGGCCCACCUCCACCUCCACCUACUAUCCCUCUCGGUCAACCUCUUCGCCCUCUGCCUGAUCUGUCACCUAUCGCACUGAGAACGGACCGAACGCUACCUGCUUGGAGUACGUUCGACCCUAUGCCAGUGUCUAGAAUGCCGAAUCCAUGGUCAGGAAUGCCUAUCCCGUUGCCAGAAACGCCGAUCCCACCAGCUGGUAGGAAGAUCCCUAGAUCGAAAAGAGCCAGACGUUAG